AGAACAAUGUUAUGUUGGGGAUAUUGGUCUCUGGGCCAACCUGGUAUCAGUACCAACCUGCAAGGGAUUGUAGCAGAGCCACAGGUGUGUGGAUUCAUAUCUGAUAGAAGUGUCAAGGAAGUCGCCUGUGGAGGAAACCACUCCGUUUUCCUGCUGGAGGGUGGGGAAGUUUAUACAUGUGGUUUGAACACCAAGGGACAGCUGGGCCAUGCAAGGGAAGGAAACAAGCCAGAGCAAAUUGGAGCUUUGGCAGAUCAGCACAUUGUCCAUGUGGCAUGUGGCGAGUCCCACAAUCUGGCUCUUAGUGACCGGGGCCAGCUUUUUUCUUGGGGUGCAGGGAGUGAUGGACAACUAGGACUCAUGACUACUGAGGAUUCCGUGGCAGUACCCAGGUUAAUACAAAAGCUGAACCAACAGACAAUAUUACAAGUUUCCUGUGGCAACUGGCAUUGCUUGGCUCUUGCAGCUGAUGGGCAGUUCUUCACAUGGGGAAAGAACAGCCAUGGUCAGCUGGGUCUCGGGAAGGAGUUCCCCUCCCAAGCCAGCCCACAGAGGGUGAGGUCCCUUGAGGGGAUCCCGCUGGCUCAGGUGGCUGCAGGAGGGGCUCACAGCUUUGCCCUGUCUCUCUCAGGAGCUGUUUUUGGCUGGGGGAUGAAUAAUGCAGGGCAACUAGGACUCAGUGAUGAAAAAGAUCGAGAGUCUCCUUGUCAUGUGAAGCUCUUACGAACACAAAAAGUCGUCUAUAUUAGUUGUGGAGAAGAACACACAGCAGUCCUCACAAAAAAUGGAGGUGUGUUUACCUUUGGUGCUGGUUCCUGUGGGCAACUUGGACAUGACUCCAUGAAUGAUGAGGUUAAUCCCAGAAGAGUUCUAGAGCUGAUGGGCAGUGAAGUAACUCAGAUUGCUUGUGGCAGACAACACACUUUAGCCUUUGUGCCUUCUUCUGGACUCAUCUAUGCAUUUGGUUGUGGAGCAAGAGGCCAGUUGGGAACUGGACACAUGUGUAACGUUAAAUGCCCAUCUCCUGUGAAGGGUUACUGGGCCGCCCAUAGUGGCCAGCUUUCAGCCAGAGCUGAUCGCUUUAAAUAUCAUAUUGUUAAGCAGAUCUUCUCUGGAGGAGACCAAACUUUUGUACUUUGCUCCAAAUAUGAGAAUUACUCUCCUGCUAUUGACUUCAGGACUAUGAACCAUGCACAUUAUACCAGUUUAAUAAAUGAUGAAACUAUAGCAGUUUGGAGACAGAAACUCUCAGAACAUAACAACGCAAAUACGAUCAAUGGUGUUGUUCAGAUACUAUCUUCUGCAGCCUGUUGGAAUGGAAGUUUUCUUGAAAAAAAAAUUGAUGAACACUUUAAAACAAGCCCCAAGAUCCCCGGGAUUGACCUGAACUCAACUAGAGUGUUAUUUGAAAAGUUAAUGAACUCUCAGCACUCUUUGAUUCUAGAACAGAUCUUAAACAGCUUUGAAAGUUGCCUGAUUCCCCAGUUGUCAAGUUCACCACCAGAUGUUGAAGCAAUGAGAAUCUAUUUAAUACUACCUGAGUUUCCCCUGCUCCAGGAUUCCAAGUAUUACAUAACGUUGACUAUUCCUUUGGCUAUGGCUAUUCUACGGCUGGAUACAAAUCCCAGCAAAGUAUUAGAUAACUGGUGGUCUCAAGUAUGCCCAAAGUAUUUCAUGAAGCUGGUAAACCUCUAUAAAGGUGCAGUCGUUUAUCUACUGAGAGGAAGAAAGACAUUCUUAAUUCCUGUGCUGUUUAACAAUUAUAUUACAGCAGCUCUUAAGCUCUUGGAGAAAUUAUAUAAGGUAAAUCUUAAAGUGAACCAUGUGGAAUAUGAUACAUUUUACAUUCCUGAGAUUUCCAGUCUUGUGGACAUUCAGGAAGACUACCUCAUGUGGUUCUUGCAUCAAGCAGGGAUGAAGGCUAGACCAUCUAUAAUACAGGAUACUGUAACACUUUGUUCCUACCCUUUUGUCUUUGAUGCCCAAGCCAAGACCAAAAUGUUGCAGACUGAUGCUGAACUACAGAUGCAGGUAGCAGUUAAUGGAGCCAACCUGCAGAAUGUCUUCAUGCUUCUCACCCUGGAGCCUUUGCUGGCCAGAAGCCCCUUCCUGGUCCUUCACGUUCGCAGAAACAACCUCGUUGGAGAUGCCCUAAGAGAGCUCAGCAUUCAUUCUGAUAUUGAUUUGAAAAAGCCUCUCAAAGUAAUCUUUGAUGGGGAAGAGGCAGUGGAUGCUGGUGGUGUUACAAAAGAGUUCUUUCUUUUACUAUUAAAAGAGCUUUUGAAUCCCAUCUAUGGAAUGUUUACCUAUUAUCAGGAUUCUAAUCUCUUGUGGUUUUCAGAUACGUGUUUUGUAGAGCACAACUGGUUUCACCUGAUUGGCAUAAUCUGUGGACUAGCUAUCUACAACUCCACUGUGGUUGAUCUCCACUUCCCAUUGGCUCUCUACAAGAAAUUACUGAAUGUAAAGCCUUGUUUGGAAGACUUAAAGGAGCUGUCACCCACUGAAGGAAGAAGUCUUCAAGAGCUUUUAGAUUACCCCGGGGAAGAUGUUGAGGAGACUUUCUGCCUCAACUUCACGAUCUGUCGAGAAAGCUAUGGUGUGAUUGAACAGAAGAAGCUGAUACCUGGGGGAGAAAAAGUGACGGUGUGUAAGGAUAACAGGCAGGAAUUUGUGGAUGCUUAUGUGAAUUAUGUCUUCCAAAUCUCAGUUCACGAAUGGUACACAGCCUUCUCCAGUGGCUUCCUGAAGGUGUGUGGUGGCAAAGUACUUGAGCUCUUCCAACCUUCAGAACUGAGGGCCAUGAUGGUGGGGAACAGCAAUUACAACUGGGAGGAACUGGAAGAGACUGCCAUCUACAAAGGUGAUUACUCAGCCACACAUCCCACUGUGAGAAUGUUUUGGGAAACAUUUCAUGAGUUUCCACUGGAAAAGAAGAAGAAGUUUCUCUUGUUCCUGACAGGCAGCGAUAGGAUCCCCAUCUAUGGCAUGGCGAGCCUGCAGAUUGUCAUCCAGUCCACAGCCAGUGGGGAGGAGUACUUGCCAGUGGCCCACACUUGCUACAACCUUCUUGACCUUCCCAAGUACAGCAGCAAAGAGAUUCUGAGCACCCGCCUGACCCAGGCCCUUGACAACUAUGAAGGGUUUAGUUUGGCUUGA